UAUUAGGGACCCAGGCAUUGUGCCCAUCCCCCCUGCCAUGUGGGAACUGCGGUCAGCCUCCUUCUGGAGGGCCAUAUUUGCUGAGUUCUUUGCCACCCUCUUCUACGUCUUCUUUGGGCUGGGGGCCUCACUGCGUUGGGCCCCUGGACCCCUGCAUGUCUUGCAGGUGGCUCUGGCCUUUGGCCUGGCCCUGGCUACGCUGGUGCAGGCUGUGGGCCACAUCAGUGGAGCCCAUGUCAAUCCUGCAGUCACUUUUGCCUUCCUUGUGGGCUCCCAGAUGUCCCUGCUCCGUGCCUUCUGCUAUAUGGCAGCCCAACUCCUGGGAGCCGUGGCUGGGGCCGCUGUGCUGUAUAGUGUUACUCCACCUGCCGUCCGAGGAAACCUAGCACUUAACACGCUGCACCCUGGGGUGAGUGUGGGCCAGGCCACCACAGUAGAGGUCUUCCUGACGCUGCAGUUUGUGCUCUGCAUCUUUGCCACAUAUGACGAGAGGCGGAAUGGCCGCCUGGGCUCUGUGGCCCUGGCCAUUGGCUUCUCCCUCGCCCUGGGACACCUCUUUGGGAUGUAUUAUACUGGUGCAGGCAUGAACCCUGCCCGUUCCUUUGCUCCUGCCAUUCUCACCAGAAACUUCACCAACCACUGGGUAUAUUGGGUGGGCCCAAUCAUUGGAGGGGGCCUGGGCAGUCUCCUCUACGACUUUCUCCUCUUCCCCAGACUCAAGAGUGUUUCUGAGAGACUGUCUAUUCUCAAGGGUAGCAGGCCCAAUGAUUCCAAUGGACAACCAGAGGGCACAGGGGAACCUGUUGAACUGAAGACCCAAGCCCUGUAAAAGCUCCAGAUGAAUAGAGGCAGUAGGAAGCUUCUGGUUUUAUGUGGAGGGGCUAAGACAGCUCAUGGAUGAAGAAAGAGACUGUGGGAGGGGCAUAUACUUCUUUAUUUUUUAAUGUAUGUGUGAGUUUUUUUGCCUUUUGCUGUGUGAAAUCUUUCAGGUUACAUUCAUGAGCUGGUUGGUGCAAACUUCCCUUCCCAUCCCACCUAUCUUUACCGUUGUGUGUGCAUGAUUGUGUGUAUGCAUGUGAGUGAAUGUGGCUGUAUCUUAAGUUUGGGGGCAUGGCAGGAGAAGUAGGGAAGGGAAAAGAGGUAUCAUCCUAUACCUUUCUCUCCCAACCUAGUGUGGUGAGUACAGGAAACCAAGACCUUUAGUGUCUGGUCUUUACACUCAUGCCAGUCAAGUGUAUGGUUUUAGGUUUCUGAGGGAGCGGGGAAUUAUCCUCACAGGAGGAUGGAGGAAGAUGGAGAGAAGUGGAAGACACAAGGCAUUCCAAGGGUUGGGACUGGGGCAGGAAGAGAAGAAAUGCAAGUAUUAACCACAAUUCAGGAUGAAUUUGUACCAAAAAGUUAGGGGGAAGUUAAUGGGAGAGUGUAGCCUACUUAUCUCAGGGAUGCUUGCCCCCAGGGGUUUGGGUGGGGAAGUAACUCUGAGAAAAGUGACUGCUGGGGUUUGAAGCGUUCUGUAAAGCCACAUAAACCUGUCUACAUCCA